AUGGGAGAUCAUCAGUCCGAGGAGCAUCAAUCGGGAGCCGACAAUGCCGAGACCAUUGAGGAGACGAAUGUGACUGAAAUGAUGCGACAGCUGAAAGAAGAAAUGGCUGCCAUGAAGCAGCAACGGGAGAGGGACGCGGCCGAGAUGGCUGCCUUGAGAGCGGAAAAUGCUAACCUAAGGAGUCAAUACCGAGACCCUACCUGGAAACCCUCCGAGACAACCCGUUCUCAGGGAUCGUUCCACUUGCACGGUCAGCACACGUCUGCCCCGAAUACCUCUGCCGCGGCCCAUGGCAUCCACGCAUCAGCCGCACGACCGAUACAGUCAAUGUCGACCGGAGCGCACCGACAUCCGUUUACAACGAGUAUUAUGCAGUCAUCACUUCUCGACAACUGGAAGUCACUCCCCCUCGAUAAGUAUGACGACACCACAGACCCAGACGAACACGUGGACGUGUUCUUGACGCAGGUAACCUUGAGUACCACAGAUGACGCCGCGCUAUGCCGGAUUUUCCCGACCUCCCUGAAGGGUCGCGCGCUGAGUUGGUUUACCCGACGCACGGCAAGCUCUAUCGAUUCCUUCAGCACGCUAGCAUCCCAGUUCACAGUUCAGUUUGCCACUAGCCGUCCUCAUCAGUUGACCUCACUAGCCCUGGUCAAUAUUCGUCAAGAGCGCAAGGAGUCCCUACGGGCGUUCAUGACUCGAUUUAACAAGGCGGCCUUGGAGAUCAGAGACCUUCAUCCCGCUGUCGCUUUGCACCAUUUAACUACCGCUUUGAAGCCGGGUCCCUUCGCUAAUAGCAUAUGCAAAAAGCCGCCCACAGACAUGGAUGAUCUACGGCGAAUAGCCGAUAAGUACAUGCAGAUGGAGGAGUUAGCCGAGUUUCGCAAUCAGGCUAGAACAGAGGUGGCGGCCAAGCCGAAAAGGCCGAUCGAAGGCAAUACCCAAAGCCGACCGAAGGAAUUGGAACCCCAGGAGAGGUCCCGGAACGGACCAAGAUACCCGCAGUACACCCCCCUGAACUCUAGUAGAGCGACUAUACUAGAGCAGGCAUUGGCCUCUAAAGUAUUGAUAGUCCCGAAACAAGCCUCGACCCCUCCCAGGGCCGACACAAGCAAGACUUGCAAAUAUCAUCGUAAUCGGGGGCACUCAACCGAGGAAUGUGCGGCGUUGAAAGACAGGAUAGAGGAUCUAAUCAAGCAGGGACAACUACAGGGUUUCGUGGAGCGUCCCAAUACAUCCCGGCGUACCGAUCGGUCGAGACGGCCUGAUCACCCCGAACCCAGAGCCGAGACACGCGUGUAUAGAGAACGCAGCCGCCCCAGAGAAAGGCGAGACCCGGAACCUACAUCACAACCCAGGCGAGUCAUCAACAGGAUAGCAGGCGGAUUCGCAGGUGGUGGUUCUUCUUCAUCGGCGCAAAGAAGACACCUACGCGCCAUUCGACACGUCAAUGCCGUUGAGACGGCUCGGCAUUCACAGCCUACUAUUUCCUUCACCAGCGCCGAUUUCAAGGGGAUUGACCCGAAUCAAGACGACCCAAUGGUAAUCAGCGUCGAAAUUCAUAACUGCAUUGUGCGUAAAACGCUGGUUGAUCAAGGAAGUUCAGCCGACAUCUUGUACUGGAGCACGUUCAAGCAGUUGGGCAUCCCGGAGUCUGAGUUAAUCCCGUAUGACGAACCGUUGGUCGGAUUCUCUGGCGAACGGGUUAAAACAAAGGGGUAUAUCAAGUUGUCGACUCGUUUCGGAUUUAAAGGAGCAGAAUACCGUGACAUCCCGGUAAAAUAUGUGGUAGUCAACGCCAAUACAUCCUACAACAUUCUGCUCAGCCGGCCAUCUCUGAACAGACUCGGCGCUAUCGUGUCCACGCCUCAUCUGGCCAUGAAGUUCCCGUCCGGUUCGGGGCGGGUGAUCACUGUCCAUGCCGACCAGAAAACGGCACGCGAGUGCUAUUUCGCCAGCCUGCGGUUACCGAAACCUCGUGCGGAAAUUGUUGAAGAGCCCAAGCGUAUCCACUCGGUAUCAUCAGAAAGGGCACUCGACCUUGACCCCAGAAUGGAUCAAGAUGAAAGAGUUGAACCUAUUGAAGAAAAGCAACCUCUCCAAGUCGGGACUUCUGAUGCACAACUUACUUAUCUAGGCAUCGUUCUCUCAGAACGAGAGAAGGCAGCUAUCGAACAAGUAGUACUUGACAACCGAGAUUUGUUUGCGUGGCACCCCUCCGACAUGCCUGGCAUCAACCCAAACUUUCUUUGCCAUAAGCUCUCGAUUAGUAGGGAGGCGAGGUCGAUUGCCCAACGACGUCGGAAAACUGAAGAGGAGAAGAAGGCGGCAAUCGAGGCCGAGGUAGCCAGAUUGCUGGAAGCGCAGUUUAUACGGGAAGUGCACUACACAACGUGGCUGGAUAAUGUGGUCAUCGUCCGAAAGCCGAAUGGGAAAUGGCGUAUGUGUACUGAUUACACCAACUUGAACAAGGCCUGCCCGAAAGACGCCUACCCGUUGCCCAAUAUCGAUCGGCUCGUCGAUGGGGCGUCCGGCCACCGAUUCCUAUCCUUCCUAGACGCCUAUUCGGGGUAUAACCAAAUUCGCAUGCACCCUCAAGAUGAAGAAAAAAUGGCGUUCAUCACCGAGACGGCCAACUACUGCUAUCGCGUGAUGCCGUUCGGUCUGAAGAACGCCGAGGCCACAUACCAGCGUUUGAUGAAUAAAAUUUUCCAUGAUCAGAUCGGUCGGUGCCUGGAAGUUUACGUUGAUGACAUGGUCGUAAAGUCUGGCAAAGUUUCUGCCCACGUGCACCACCUCGCUGAAGUGUUCCGAGCGCUCAGGCAACACUGGAUGAGGCUGAACCCUGAAAAGUGCGUGUUUGGUGUUUCGGGUGUAAAGUUUUUGGGGUUCAUGUUGUCCAGUCGGGUCAUCGAGGCGAACCCGGAUAAGUGCCAGGCCAUACUGGAGAUGAAGAGUCCCGACACUCUUAAGGAAGUAUAG